UAAUUCCUUUCCCUGCACGAGAUUUCGACUCACAAGCAAGAGAAUUAUUGUAGGGAUGCUCAGUCUAGUACCGCGGGGGAAGAUGUGCACGCCACGCCGGAAUCUCACAUCCUCCCGCAUUGUCGAGAGAAGCGACGCUUCCCCGCGUUUCGUAAGGCACAGGCCGCCUUGAAAGUCUGUAAAGCCGACCGUGUGUAUCUGACGAGGAAGGAUUUCGACCGAUAAUUUGCCAGUGCAGGCUGUCAGAAAGCAUGUUAACCAUUGAAUAGGGCCACACCUCCGAGGUAUUACGAGUCCUAAUUUCCUUAUCAGUCCGCUAGAGGUCGUCUGUUGUCUUCCCCCUCAUUACCAGCAGGAAAGCUCAGGACCUCGACACAAGCAUUACCAAAUCACGAUCUACCAUCACGUUCCUUCCGUUACACCGCUUGGACGACCUAAAAUCCGAUGGAAGGACGAGGAGGCUUCAGCGCGUCGCACGGCUUCGGCGCGUCGGACCUGCGUCACCUGCUCCUCGAGCGCAUUCUCGCCGGGGAUGCCGGCGGCAGCAGCGGCGGCGAAAGCGGCGGCGGCGGCGGAGAGGGUAAGAAGGUGGAGUGGUUUAACUACAUGGUGUAUUCGCCCAGCUACUACAUCGCCACGGUGACCGCCAUCAUCAUCCUCGUUUCAGUGCUCUUCGAAAAGCUCAUCCACGUUGUACACCAUUGGUUUGGUAGCAAGAAGAACAAGUCCCUCGUGCACGUGGUCGAUCGCAUUAAAGACGAGCUCAUGGUCGCUGGAUUUCUCUCCAUCAUACUCGCGUUAAUCAACCCGCUGAUCGCGGCGUGGUGCGUCCCCGUUGCUAGGGACAACAUUCUAAUUCCGUGCCAACCGCCCCAAAUCACCUACUACUCACCUGCGCCCUUACCUGCCGAAAACUCUUCCUCUGUGGAAGGGGAUACGCAUGGGGGGGAUACAACUGCAGAAUUCGAAACCGGUACUAUCGAUGGGCCAGCGAAGAAUAAUACUGGGGUUACUCCUCACGGCGAAACCGGAAACGGCACGAAACGGGCGACGUUUUCAGAAACCGAGCGGUUCGCGAACGGAACUCGGCUCGAGAUUCGCAGAGACACUGUCUUGUUUGCGAAUAAGACGAAGGUGGUAACUUCGAUACAGACGCUGAUUUUCCGUAACAAGACUCGGCUGAUGAUGAAUGUAACCACCGUUACACUUCCAGAUGGAAGUGUAAACAUGACUAAAGCUGAAGAAGUAAAACAUCCCAAAAAAAAAUCCACUGCCAAUUCAUCUGAAAGCGAGGGGGAAAUCAGCCGGGGGAGGGGACUUAUGGAGCCCAUAUCAGCUGGUCCCAGAAAGGCUUCACAGAUUGACCUAGAAAAUCAGAUACGGCAGUUGAUUGGGAGUUGGGAGCGACAACAACUACAAGAGCAGCAUAAGCGGCGCAUUUUGGGAGACGUCGACGAUUGGGAGAAUGAGAGCAGCUUACUUCACGAAGUGGGCCGGCGAAGGAACUUGGCGGAAUUCAGCAACAAAUGCCCGGCUGGAAAGGAGCCGUUCAUGUCGCCAGCAGCCAUCCAUCAGCUGCAUCUCUUCAUCUUCUUUGUCAUUGCCGGCCACAUCGUCUACACCUGCGUCACCAUUGUCAUCGCCCGCGCCAAGGUGUCCAGGUGGCACAAGUGGGAGAUCAACUGCCAAAAGAAGAUGAGCGAAAGGAAGGGCGCUGUUUCAGGCCAGCUCUCUCGCGCCCUCAACGACCGCGACUUCAUCCUGCGCCGCACAGGAACCCUCACCAAUAGGCGCCUUCUGUUUCCUGACGUGGCACCUGACGUGGAAGAGGCGGCUUCCAGCUCAACAGAUGGCCGAUCUGAUGUGGCGCAGCACCGUGAGGAUCCCGAUUUUGCCAGAACUUUCCAGGAAGUUGUCCAGGAGGCUGCACAAGCGCAGGAGCAAUGGGGUCAGGAGGAGCAGGCUCGAGAUCAGGCUCGGGAGCAAGAGGCUGGGGAGCAGGCUCGGGAGCAAGAGGCUGAGGAGCAGGCUCGGGACCAGGCUCGGCCGGUCACAAAGCUGCAGGUUCAGGACUAUGAUGAUGAUGACGACGUGGCAGGGGGGGAGGAGAUGCCGCAGCAUUUCACGUGGAUAGGAGAGGAGGAGGAGGGGGGUGAUCUGGACGCGAUAUAUGAAGAGGAGGAGGAGAGAGAGGAGGAUGAACGGAAGGAGAAGGAGUGGCAAGAGGAGGAGGGGAGGAGGAGGCAAGAGGAGAGGCAGAGGGCGAGGGGGAGGAGGUCAGUGCGAUGGUCACAAGAGGUGGGAGGAGGAGGGGUGGAGAAGGGAGGGGCAGCGGAGGGAGAAGCAGGAGGAAGCGGAGGAGGAGGGGGAGGAGGAACGGGAGGGGAGGGAGGAGGGGCGAGGAGGGAUGGGAGGCGGUUGACCCGGUCGGAUACAAUGGCGAGGCGAGAGGCGAGCAUGCAGCUGACCGUGUGGCAGUCGCUGGUGCUGACCUUGCAAUGCUUUUGGCAGCAGCUGGUUAACCCGAUCACCCGAUCCGACUACUACACCUUGCGCCUUGCGUUUAUUCAUAAUCAGCACCUUCCCGGCAACUUCGAUUUCUACCACCAUGUGGUCAACUCCUUGGAGAAAGACUUCGUGCACAUAGUUGGUCUCAGCUGGCAUCUGUGGAUUACUCUCGUUAUCAUCAUCGGCAUCACAAGCUACCUGUGGGACACCUCCUUUAUAUUUGCCAUCCUUGGUUUCCUGAUCACUCUGGCGGUGGGCACGAAGCUGGAGUACAUAGUGUCGGUGCUGGCGCUGGAGAGUGCGCACGUGAAGGGGGACUGCGAGGGCGACCACUUAAAGCCCCGCGGGUCGCUCUUCUGGUUCAAGCGGCCGUCCUUCAUGCUGCACCUCCUGCACUUCGCGCUCUUCGUUAGCUCCUAUAUGGUCGGCAACAUGAUCACCUUUUACUAUUUGGCGAUGAACCACGCGGAGUGCAAGUCCUACUCCACCUGGGUGCCGUGGAUCAAGUUUGCCAUCGGGAUCAUCACCCUGCUCAUCUGCAGCCUCAGCACUCUGCCCCUAUAUGCGCUCGUUACCCAUAUGGGGGAAAAGCCAAGCCCUUCUCAAGCUGGGAAGAAGCGCUCUUUCAGUCCAUUUUCCAAGCGCAAGCAGCAGCAGGUGGCUCCCGUCCCGGAGUCGCCCAUGACAAAAAUAAUGCAGCACAGAUCCAAGGACGACGUCAGAAUCAGCUGAGCGGUGCGGCAAUGAAUGAUGUUCCAUACGGUAGUUUAGACUGGCGGUAUGCUACUGUGGAGCCUAAUAAAUUGGGAAGUAAGCCAAGCCCUUUCCAAGCUGGGAAGAAGCGCUCUUGCAAUCCAUUUCCCAGGCGCGAGCAGCAGCAAGUGACUCCCGUCCGUCCCUGAGUCACCCAUGGCAAGAAUAAAGCAGCACAGAUCCAAGGACGACAUAAGACGUAAGAAGAAUCCGCCGAGUGAUAAUGAUGUUCAAUUUCACUACCGUAAUGUAGUUUAGACUGGCUGGCGGGCAGCAUGCCGUUGUGGAACCUAUUUAACUGGAAAGUUGGCAUUGGCUUUGGCAAC